AUGGGUUACCCUGAGAACUUCUGGGCAUGGGUUCUUCUUAUGCAUUUCCUGGUUAUUCUCGAGCUACUGUGCCGCCGAUUCACGGAGGCACUCGGUAGAGGCACCGAUUACGAGUUCUCGCAACAGUCCAAUUUGGUUCCAGUAAUACGGGAGCGGGGGUUGUGGAGUCUUCUUCCUUCCGCAGCAAUCAUAGCCAUGCAGAAACCGCGUUCGAAUGGCACACACCACGAGCAUGGGCUUCGAGAUUGUCGUUGGGAUCCGCUGCGGGCUGAUCGCUACGCCGUUAUUUGCGUCCAUCCCUGCGUCGAGAGACGGACAGUGUUGCGAGGUAGGUUCGCUAUUCGGACCUUCCGAGUCCCUCCUUCGCAGUCUCCGACAAGGACUAUUGCGGUGUUGGUUAUGCUGUUGAUUGUUUCAUCAACGCCGUCAAUCACCCCUUCCGCUAUACCCCCUGUCCAAUUACGACCUCUGGACUCUGAGUUUCACCGGGCGGAGGAUGAGCAGUUAGACGUCUGCCGGUGUUGCGAGACAAUACAGCACGCUUACCACUUGCUCCCUCUCUCCUAUUGGUCCGGAUAUAAGCCGGCUAUUGAUUUGAUUGGUAGAAAAUCGGUAACCAAAAAGCCGCGUUACUGUUUGUUUUUAAGCUUCAAGUAA